AAUCACUUGUUCUCACAUACUAGUACAAGGGUUCAACUGUCUCAAUUUCCGCUGCACUACUCCAAGUCUCAAGUCUCUACAAGCUGGGACUUAGUCUCUGCAAAAGAUCCUAAGGGCUUUUCUCAGCCCAACAGUAGUUAUUGCAUCACCACCGACAGCAGUAAGAUCAAUGCGAUGCCGUUGCGCCUUUUGGAAGUCCGACGAGCCGGAACAGAAACCGACAAUCGCCGAGGUGGCGACAACGCUAUCGAAAGCGUUGACGGCCUUAAUGAGUUAAGAGCUAUGUCGCGGUUCGCUCAGAUAAGACGGGAUCGGCCGUGCAGAGUUAAUUAAACCCUGGCACCUUCAGGAAUACCCGCACUCUUAUUUAUCUCGCGUAACUGCCAAUGCUCUCCUUGAGUGUUAGAGGAACAUCAUUCGGUCAUCUAUAACGCGGUUCGUGUCCGCAUGGGUGCGUGCGCGGGUAAGCCACUAGCGGAUGGCGAGCAGCCUGGGGGGAGGAAGCACAAGGGGCGACAUAAAAGCGCCGCCCCGCCGGAAGAGCCGGAGGAGCUAGUCUUCGCCAAUGAGAAGCCGCCGGAGAGGGGCGCCGCGGAGGCGCAAGCUCACCAGCGGAACGGAGAAAUUGCUCAAGGAUCGAGCGCGGAUAGCGGAGCGGGGGGAGGGGGGGAUGCAACGGGGGGAGGAAGUGGCGCGGGGAACGCGGUGGGGGCUGGCGGCGGGGGGAGGACGGGGAUGAGUCCGUUCGAGGAUCGGCGGAACGCGGUGUUCGAGUCGCCCGCGAUGUCGGUGAUGGGCACCCCCGCCAUCCACCUCUCCAACUUCUCCCCCGCGCCCGCCACCUUCGACGGGCUCGCGGGGAGCAUUCUGCAGCAGGCGGCGGAAAAGGCGCGCGUCAGUCGGUUGCGCGACGACGAGCGCGGGAAGCAGAUGGGCGCGGCGGAGGGCUCGGCGGGGGGAGGAAACCAGAUCCCCGUGGGGGUCGUGGUCGGCGGAGGGGGCGGCGGCGGGUUCGGCGCAGGGGGGGGCGUGGGGGGACCGGGGAGCAGCGGCGGGUCGGGGGAGGGGUAUGAGGGGAAGGAGCUGAAUAAGAAGUUCGGGUACUCGCGGAAUAUUAACGCCAAGUACGAGCUGGAGCACGAGGUGGGGCGCGGGCACUUCGGACACACGUGCGCCGCCACGGGGAAGAAGGGCGAGGUGAAGGGCGUGCAGUGCGCCAUCAAAGUCAUCCCCAAGGCUAAUAUGACGACGGUGAUAGCAGUGGAGGACGUGAAGCGCGAGGUGCGGCUGAUGCGGGCGCUGGGGCCACAGGAGUUUGCCGUGCGGUUCUUCGACGCCUAUGAGGACCAACUCAACGUGUACAUAGCCAUGGAGUUGUGCGAGGGCGGGGAGCUGCUCGAGCGCCUGCUGCAACGGGGCGGCAAGUACCCGGAGCACGAGGCGCGGGAGGUGAUGCGGCAGAUUCUCAACAUCAUUGCGUUCCUGCACCAGCAGGGCGUCGUGCACCGCGACUUAAAGCCCGAGAACUUUCUGUUCAAGUCGCACGACGAGGGCUCGGCGCUGCGCGCCAUCGACUUCGGGCUGUCUGACUUCGUGCGGCCAGACCAGAAGCUCAACGACAUCGUGGGGUCGGCGUACUACAUCGCCCCGGAGGUGCUGCACCGAGCCUACGGCGCCGAGGCUGACGUCUGGUCCGUCGGGGUCAUCGCGUACAUUCUCCUGUCGGGGUCACGGCCCUUCUGGGCGAGAACAGAGUCGGGCAUUUUCCGGGCAGUUUUGAGGCUGGAGCCGAAUCUGAUUGACGCGCCAUGGCCGGCGGUGUCGCAUGCCGGGCGGGACUUUGUGCACCGGUUGUUGACUAAAGACUACCGCCGCCGCCCCACUGCCGCCCAGGCGCUGACGCACCCAUGGAUCCGCAGCAGCAGCGCCAGGGUGCCGCUGGACAUUGUGGUGUACAAGAGCUUGCGCGCGUUCUACUCCUUCUCCUCGCUGCGACGGGCGGGGCUCAAGGCGCUGGUGCCCACACUGACGGAGGACGAGCUGGUGUACCUGAGGGCGCAGUUUGGGUACUUUGACAUGGACGGCGAUGGGCUAAUCGACUUCAGCGACCUCAAGAACGCCAUGCAGCGCGUGGCCACGGAUGCGAUGAGGGAGUCGCAGACCAUCGACCUGCUCAAGACGCUUGAGCCAGCGCGCAUCUCCCGAAUGCCCUUCACCGACUUCUGUGCCGCUGUGCUCAACGUCUUUCAGCUCGAGUCGCUCCCCAACUGGCCUGAGCGUGCGCGGGUGGCGUACCAGACGUUUGUGCGGGGGGGCAAGGCGCACGUGACCAUCGACGAGCUUGUGAAGGAGCUGGGCCAGGUGGAGUCGAUGGCAAACGCGGCCCUCCUGGACGAGUGGACCAACUUCGAUGGCACCAUCAGCUUCCUCGGCUUCACGCGCCUCGUGCACGGCCCGUCGCGCGCACGCAAGCAGCGCCACGCGCGUGCCAAGCCCAAGUCGUCCGUGUCGCCCACGUCCUCGGGGCGAGUGAAGCACCCGCAGGGGGCUCCUGAGAUGAAACCCAUUCCCGAGGAUGGCGGGGAGCAGCGCGCGCCGCAGGGGAACGGCGCAGCCGGACAGGAGUUGGGCCAGCAGCAGCAGCAACCACAGCAACAAUAUCAACAACACCAGCAGCAGCAGCAGGUGGAGAUGCUUUCUUUCAAGCCGUACCAGCAGCAGCAGCAGGCGCAGCAUGCGCGAAAGGCAAGUGGAGAGGUGAUGGGGAUGGAUGCCACAGCAGCCGUGGCAGACCUUGGGAUCCCGAUGUUCCAAUCGUACUCACAGCAGCAGCAGCAGCAGCAGCAGCAGCAGCAGCAGCAGCAGCAAGGGGCGGGGUCAGGCGAAGGUCGCAGGUCGGGGGGCAGCAGAUCAGAAGGAAACAGAUCUGGGGGGAAUAGACCAGGGGGAGAUGCCAUGGGCGGUGGGGUGGGGGGGAGUGCGAGUGAAGGGGUGCAUGCGGAGAGGGCGGUGAGAGAGUAUGGAGGAGAGGGGCGGGGGGGGGUAAGCGCGGGGGAGGGGGGGACGGUAGUGAGAGCAAUGCAGGGCAUGGGUUUGUCUGGGGAUGGCGCCAUGUCAGCAGAAGAAGCCGUGGCGGCGGCAGGGAUGUGAGGAGGGAAGCACGGAGGGCUGUGAGGAGGGACGCAAGGAGGACUGCAGGGAGAGUUUCAAAGAGCUAACUAACCUGCGGGAGAUGUUAGAUAGCAAGCUGCGGUAGGCGGGAGGGGUGUGAAGAGAGUGUAGUGAAGAGGAGUUGUGCGCAGGGCUGUGCAUAGCAGGGAGGGUGUGAGGAGGGAUAUGAACAGCAGCCGGUUGAGUUGAGUUGCAUGCACCCAGCAAGUGAGCCCUUCCUGCAGCCUGUUGGCAGCAGCACUCAACACUGCUGGCAGCAGCACUCAACACCGCCGCUGCCACUGCAGAAGGCAGGAAGGGAAUGCGUGCUUCUCUGUAGGAGAGGCAUUUGCCUUAGGUAAAAAGAAGCCUGUGCCUGCCAAGCCUCUGAUGAAUGGCUUCUCGUGGUAAUGCGCAUGGUUCCUCUUUGCAUACAUACGGUGCGACACACCGAGCUUGCUGGGUGGAUGGAAGAUGGGUGUGGGUGGUACCCACCCACCCACCCACCACCCACCGCAGGAAUUAGCUCUGCAGGUUCGAAUCUGACCGUGAAUGGGUUCCUGUGAUUGGGUGUUCUAAGACCGUGCCUGUAUACCAGUUCCAUUCCACUAUAAUGAUAUUAUGAUUUUUUA